AUAAAUGUUAUAAUCAACAGUUUAUUUUUCAUCGUGUCAAAGUGCUAUAUUAAAUAAUAGCUAAUGGGAGUUAUUUUUUAUAUAAAAUUAUAUCUUUUUAAGAUAAAAUAUGGGAGGUUAAGCCAGUUUGUCAGGUGUUGUAGAUAAGAAGAGUAAGGUAUAUAGGUGAAGUGGUUGUGUGAACAGUGUGAGAGAGGUGGUGCUGCUGAGAGGUGAUGCUGGGACGCUGGGCGGUGCAGUUUCGCACAUUUCUCACAAUGUCCCCAUUUAGGUACACUCACGCCGUUGUCUGUAGGAUUCCAGAUUCCUUCAAGAAUAAUGCUGUCGGAAUCUCAGCAUCAAUUGACUUGGCAAAGGCCAGGAAACAGCAUGAAGUGUAUGUAGCAACAUUGCGAGAAAUUGGUUUGGAUGUUAUUGAACUGCCGGCUGAUGAGAACCAUCCAGACUGUGUGUUUGUAGAAGAUGUGGCAGUUGUGUGUAAUGGAACUGCACUCUUAACCAAGCCUGGCCAUCCCUCCAGAAAAAAUGAGGUGGAGUACAUGCGAACAAUACUGAAGAAUGAGCUUGAGCUUCCUGUUAUUGAAAUAUCUGAUGAGACAGCAACACUAGAUGGAGGAGAUGUACUCUUCACAGGCAAAGAAUUUUUUGUUGGAUUAUCAUCCCGCACCAACCAGUCUGGUGCCUGUGCUCUUGCCUCUGCCUUUCCAGAGUUCCCAUGCACACCAAUUAGGGUGGGCCAUCACUUACACCUCAAGUGCUGUGUGACCAUGGCUGGACCUGAUGUUAUGUGUGUUGGCAGCUCUCCUGAGGCUAAGGACAUUUUGAAACGCAUUGAGCGAGAAGCCACUUUUCGGUACCAGACAUUAACUGUUCCUGAUGACAGAGCUUCAAAUGUUGUAUUUGCCAAUGGUUAUCUAAUUCAUCACUCAGCAGAAGAAUUUCCAGCAGCAGCUAAGGUGUUUGAAGAGAAACUUUCUCACUGGACCUUAAAACCGAUAACAAUGACAGAGAUAGGAAAGGCUCAAGGUGACCUCACGUGUUGUUCCAUUCUCAUACGCAAGACUCGACACCUCAAGAACAUCAUGUGAAAUUGACAGAAGUCGUACAUUACUGUUAAGCACAUCGGAAAGUUACACGGACAGGUAAUGUAUAGAAAACAAAACCCGUUAUUGACAAGAACAAGUGACUUACAACUUGUAACUCUGCCAUAUACUGUACUGUACUCUGUGAGUAACUCUUGCAUUAACAACAUAGAACAUUCCAAUGCCUUCUAUAAUCCAGGAUACUUAUAGGGUAGAAAUUUACUUUGGUAGGUAGGAAAACAGGCUAAUAUUAUUUCACAGUUUUAACAAGAAUAUUAAUAUACAACACGAACACUAGAUUUAUUUUUUGUUGGUUAUGUAUGAUUUUUCAACUUAUAAACCAGCAAAAUUAUUUCAUAGUUAUUCAUUACUGUUUCAGAGAUUAUUAAAGUCAGUUCAAAUUGAAAAAUAAAUUCAGUAAAUGGUUCAAACUAUCUGUCCUGUCAUAAAGGCAACCAUAUCUAGUUUUUCUUAAAAGUCAUUAAUUACAAUGUGUGUUUUGGUUAAUACUUCCAUUGGUACUGUAUAGGGUUUCCAAUGUACUAACUUCCUUUUAUGGAUUUGUUUAUUUUGUAAUUCUACAACUGAUUGCUGGUCUGUGUCCACAUUCUUAUUUUCCAAGAUAAUACAAGAGGUGCAUUAAGAUGUGCUGAAGUCAUUGUAGGUUUAGUUUACCUACUCAUGCAUUGCUUGUUAUUUUUAGCACUCAGAAGAUGAUGAUAAUUUCUUACUGAGUCUGGAAGUUAUUUUUAUGUAUACCAAAUGUGCAUGCUAGUACAGGUAUUGCAACUCAACAAAAGGUGACUAAUUUUAGAAGAACAGAGAACUUGUCAUUUUAGUGAGCUGUAUUAUUACAGUGUUUGUUUUGGCAAAGUAUUUGUAAUUUUUAAAGAAAAACUGUUAGUUAUCAACAUAACUAUAACUGAUUUUUUCUAGAAGGCACCAAAGAGUAGAUAUUAUGUGCUGCACAUAUCACUUGAGUACAGUAGUACCAUAUAUUCUUCUGCUGUAUGUAUAGGAUCAUGUAACGGUUCAGUCCAGGAGGCAAAUUAACCAAUAUCACAUCACUGCUAAUUUUGUUAUUCAUUUUCUCAAAACCAUUUUGCCCCUCGCAGGAUUUGGCAGCUAUAGGAUUUAGACAAACGGUGAGAAAGUUUGCGAUCACAGAAAUCAAGAUUAUAAGGUUUUGAUAAAUCCUGAAUUCUGUGAAAUACCCUGAUGCUUGUAGGGGGUCCUUAAUAGUUUAGGAAAGGUAUACAGUAUAUAGAAUCACUGAAAUUACCUACAAGUUUUCUUAGUUACUGACUUCUAGUUUAAAGGUGCAAAAUUUUAGAAGUUUUCUUAAUUAUUUUAAGGUGCUAAGCUUUAUCAUCGCUUUGAAUAGUACUUUUUAUAGUAAGAUUAUUUAAGUUUAUUGAUAUAUAUUGUUGCUCAUGAAAUUUAUUGGAUGCUUUUGCAGCUGAAAGACUAUAAUUGCUACUACAUUCACAGAACUAUAAAAUAUUUUCAUCUAUAGUACAAUACCUUGAAUUAUAGAUUAUUUGUAAUGAUUUAUUGCAUGAUGUAUUUUUGUCUAAAGUUUUAUGGUACUAAACGAGUAAUAAUUUUGUACAAGGAUUUUAACAAAUUGUCUGUUAUCUUUCAAAUCUUUAGUAACUGGGAAAGUUGUCGAUAUAAAAAAAAGGGGAAUCUCUCAGAAUCAUGUCCUUUUACGUGCAUAUAAGUUUAAUUAAAUAAUGACGUUAACUCGGUUAGGAUUGUGGAUACUUGUCUCCCUGUGUCUGCUUGUGUGACUUAGUAGAGGAAUAAGUUAUUAUAUCGACAUAUUAUUCUGUUGUAUGGUGGCCACAAUCCCUUAGGUGAAAUUUAUCUUGAAUUGUUUUUUGUCCAUUUUAAAAUGCUUAAUGGGAGAAAAAAGGAAAUUUAUGUGGUAUAUCCUAUUGUGUGUAUUCAUUUGUAUCUACCUACUUACCAGUAUCUGCUUCAUGCUGAUUUGAAUAUUAAUACAGUAUAGGAAUUACAAACUUGUCAAUUUUCACAAAGUGAUACAUGUCCUGUUCUCAGGAAUGAGUUUGUUUAGUGCAUAUGCUUGAUCCAGGUGUUUUCUUGAAGUGUUAAAAAUUAUUCUCAGAUGAUAUAAUGAUGCAGACUUAUUGUUUAAUGGUUCAGAUAUACUGUACAGCUGUUGAUAUGUGUCUUGACUCACAAUGAUGUAUUUUGUGGUCUGCUUAAAAUGAGUGAUAUGACCAGAUAGAGGCUGCAAUGCCAGAGUAGAAAGGGUAAAUGAACUGUGUGCACAUGUAUAGUUGUCCCUUUGGUUGUCCACUAGCAGUGACAUCCUUCAGACCUGCCAGCUAGGUAAUGGUGAGAUGAGUCUCGUAGACUUGGAGCUGCGGUGCACCACAAUCCAACAUGACCUGACCUUGCCAGAGAUGCACACUACACUGCCAUGAUUGUGUCCCUCACACUCCACAACAUCCCCACACUGCCCUUGGUAAAAUCCAGGGAUCUUUGACAACCUGUCAUCAUUACAGAUAUUUUUGAGGCAACGUCACUUCCAGUGUUGGUCUGUGUUGUUCCUGCUAAUUUUAAGCUUAUCACAUCCAAGGCAUAUUUCCAUACAACUUUUUUUAUUGCAACAAGAAUCAUAGUUUCUUCAUUUUACAUUUGAGGUUAAUUUCCCCUUUGAAUCUUACACACCACAUGUGGCCUCUUAGCUGUACAGUAUUGGGUCAUGAAGACCUCUUAUUGCCAUUGUUAUUGGACAGUUCAUUGUACAUUGGAUCUGAUGAUUAUGAUUGGAAGUCACCAUGCCUGUUGGAUCUAACACAAAGGUACAGUACUUCUAGCUUUUUAACUUGUCAGCUCAAGUUUUAUCUGGAAUUAAGGAAUCUAAGAAUUUAAUAUUUUUACAGAUUUGUCUGGAGUAUUUUUUUUUCUUUACUUAUUAAAUACCUUUCACAGUAGUGGUUUCAAUUUCUAAUAUGAAAAAAAAAAAAUUUGUUUGAAUGAUAUACUAAGACCAUUGUGAACCCUUAGUUGGUAAAACUGUAAAUAAGGAAUUGGAUGCCCAAAAAAAAAAGUUGGGAAUUUUUUUAUAUAUCUGCUAUUACUCUGAUGCCAUAUACCAUAGGGGAAUGAUAAUUGCAGUAGCUUCCCCAGAGCUUUGCAUAGUAAGGCUAAUAUUAUCAUCUGUUUUGUAAUAACAAAAUACAUUGGGUGAAAUUUGUAUUUUAUAGGUACAGUAUUAGUGAAAUAAUAACAUUAAUAAGGUACUUUCCUAUAUGGCUUAUAGCUCAUUAGACUCACACUCUGUCAGUUCAGUUCAAUGAGAAAAUUUAUUCAAAAACAUCAUACAAGUACAGGUACAGUGCGGGUUAGGUUCAAGUACAGGUACAGUGAGGGUUAGGUUCAAGUACAGGUACAGUGAGGGUUAGGUUCAAGUACAGGUACAGUGACUUCAAUUAAUAGGACUAGGCAGAGAUUUCCAUACUCUGGGGUAAUACAGCCAGCCACUCUUUGUAUCAGAGUCAUUACUGUUCAAUUACUUUGCUACUUGGAAAUCAACUAAUUUCUUAAAUGACACCAGGUUGCUCUAACAUUGUUGUACUUGAUCCUUCACUGUGUCUUUUAUUAAAAAAACAAAGCAAAAACAAUCCCAAGUUACUCUGAAGUAAGUACUACUACAUAUUUCUAUACAAGGAGUUAGGUUAGUGACACAGACACAUAGACCUCUCACGUGUAGAAACAAAGCACGUCAUGCCAUUAGUGUUAAGCAUGAAAGACGCCACCAGUGCCACGUUUGUCUAGGCAUUGUCAUCGUAGUGCCGUGAUAUGUAUAAAAAAAUUGCCUCCAUGUGUAUAUCCAAUCUCAUGUCCUGUAUUUGUGUAUAUCUCAGUAUCAACAGUGAAUAAUCUACUGUGUGUGUGAGUGGUAACCAGUUCAUGUUGAGGUUCAUCCCUCAUUGUUAUGUGAAGUAGCCUCUUAUCUUGAAAAGUGCCUCAGGAUUUAUGUCGAGGAAGAAUUUCUCUAGAUACAGUACAUACAUAUAAUCUUAUAUAUACAAUAUACUCUCGAUUUAACGGAAUCCAAUAUAUCAAACUCACGAUUUAGCGGAAGGAUCUUUUUCCGUUGUUUUUUGCUCAAUUUAGUGAACUAGUUCACUAAAUUGAGAUUAAUUCUGUUAAUAUGCUCACACCUACGGAGACACCUCAGAAACACAUGAUAGGUACAUAGAAACAUUAUUAAUGACUUACCUUAAACUAUGGGGUUCGGUAAUUGUUUUAAAUUUUGUCUUAUUUCCAAACUUUUUCCCGGUUAAUAGCCAUUCUCUUUUGACUUUCUUCCCCACACCACUUCCUUUCUGAGAUACUUUCGGCAUGAUGUCUAAGCACAGUAGUAAGUUGACCGAGAGGUGGCAGUGAAACAACACACGUUGACAGUAGACACCAACUGAGCGAAUGUAAACAAACUCCAUGUACCAAGUGACGCAUUUGGUGCAGAAUUUAAUGGAAUCUCGCUUGAUUUAGUGAACUAGUUCACUAAAUCGUGCAAAAAUAACGGAAAUUCAAUUUUGCGGAAAUCUAAAUUUAACGGAAAGGGGUGGCUUGAAUUAGUUCGUUAAAUCGAGAAAAUGCUGUAUUGGGCCAUGAGAAGAAUUGUGUUUCUCCAAUUUGUCAGUCAACACUAUUUUUAUGCUGCCAACCCAAAAUUUCUCUUCAAUAAAUAAGUAUUGUACAGGCUGUGAGUAAAUGAGACCAUUAAAUGUGAAAAAAAGGCCCGUGUCAAAUAUACUACUGGGUACUUGUUAUAAAGUUAAGGAAAUAUGGUGUAAAUGCAGACAUAUUUACAUCCAAUUACAGUUUAACACUAUUUGGGUCGCACAAACAGUUACACAAAAUAAAACAUAAAGAAUGACCUCUACAGUAUAUUGUAUUUUCUUCAAAACUAAUAAGGAAAAUGCACACAGUUUUAUUUCUGUCUUGUCUAGGUAAUUUUUUAGGUGAAGGUAUUAUUUAAUAGCUCUUAAUUUUCAUUGCAAAUUGAAUUAGUAGCAUUUGGUGAAAUACAUCAUUCAGGUCUCUUAUCCAUGGCCACACUUACGCUAUAAUAUAGUAACACCUAGGAAGAUAUUGUACAGUAUAAGCAGAACUGUGGAAAGGACAUUACUGCACUUGUAAAGUGUAAAUGAUUUAUGUUGUAGGUGGAAGGUUUAUGUAAUUUGAGUUAUGUGUUGUGUGUAUGGACAGGAAGUUAGGUGUUGGUGUGUAAAUGUUCCCGAAGUCCCAGAAGAAUAUUUUUUGGCAAGGUUCUUUGACUAUCAUUAUCGCUUUCUUUGUAAAAAUGCAGGAUUACAUAUUUCGUCUGAAAUAUGAAUGAAAAUUUAAUUGUCCCCUUAAUAAUUUGAUAAGUAGUUUGUAUUCUGUGUAUUUUGUAUGAACUCAAGUGCAGGUUAUUUUCUUGGAAUUUUAAAUAAUAGAAAUUUGAUACAUACAUUACUAUAAUUCCAUUUUGUAUUAAUUCGCAUUGUGAAAUGUUCAUAUUUGUCAUGCACAGUUUUACACAUGUUGAAAAAGGCUGUUAACACUUCACAUCAUAGGUGAUAGCAUUUCAGGAGAGCAUUUCACUUCAAAGGAAUAUAUUUUAUUGUUACAGUAUUCGUUGUAUGAUAAACAACGUCUUGAAGGUGGAUAAUCACGAGUGAGUGUUAUAAGGCUGUGACUUUAUUUAACAUGGGGCAAAAUAAUUGGUGUUGCAUCUCAUUUUGCAGCCGGUGAUUUCCCCUGCUAGUGAAGCAAGUUUAAAAUAUGACAGCUGUGUUUGUAGUUUUUCAUUGCUCAGUAGAUUUUUUAUUAUGCUUUUAAAUACAUUAUCACCCUACACAUGAUAAUCCUUCACCAUUAUGUACUGCAAUUAACAGGCAAAAUAAUUUAUUAUUUUCAACAUUCUUGUUCCACAUGAAUUAUUGGCAGUUGUUAAAAUGCACCAUACGCAUGACCACACAACUUACUUAUGCUUGUUAAUGGAAGAAUUAUCAGCUGAAUGUGUCUUUGUUCUAUUGUUUCCCAAUCUUUCUGAAUUGAAAUUACUGUUGUAGUUAAGCUGACACUGUUUAGGAUGGCCUCUAAUAAAUCUAGAACAUUGUUACUGAGGUUGACAAGUUCAGUUUGUGAAGGUAAUUGUUUAGAUGUGAUAUUGGAAUAAGUCAUUUAGAAAAUCAAGUUAGUUUCAGUGUUUGUGUACUGCAGAGAUAAUUCAUACAGUUAUCUGAAAGGUUUUUGGUUUUACAUUUAUCAUCAUAUAACUUUCACUUAUGAGCAGUAUUGGAAAGUGGCUAAGAAUCAUGUUGUCACUGCAUGUUAAACCUCUUGUCUAUGUUACUGUUUGUUAUGGUAAAAAGUACAGACUCAGCUUAACCAUGUAAAUUAUGUUAAGUCGUGUACAUUAAUUUAUUUGGGGUUUUUAAGAAGAUUUUAAGGUAAUAUUUUGGAACCCUGUUAUGGAAUCCUAUUUUCACCCUAGACAAAAUUUAUUUACAGUUCACAUUAGUGUACUGUAUUUACAAUUUCCCCAGUAUCAAUUGGAAUGUAAUUGGUGAAUAGGACAGGAUCUAUUGUGUACAGUACAGUGUGUGUGUUACAGUGAAGCCUUACAUAUGUGGAAAUCUGGAGUCCUACAGUAUGUGCAGGAAUCUUGCACCUGCAGAAAUUUUUUUAUAUGAUUAGGAUUCUCUAAUCUAUCAGUUUUACAAGUGUGUUUCUUCAUCCCUGCCAAUGAUAUGAGGCUUCAUGAGAAGGAAGGGUGAAAAUGCCCAAGUUUCAUUUUGAUUUAAAAUGCAUUUAAAGUUAAUAAAUGCGUAAUUAACUCAAAUAUCACUAAAUUUACAUGAUUUUGGUGUUAUUAUUUAUUGUGUGAACAAAACUUUUGUUGUCUUUAGAAAUAUUAAGCAAUGUGCUGAUUUAUUUUAAAUUUUACAAUAAUGGAGUGGAAACAGGCAUGUUAACAAUACAUGAGUGAAGCAAGAGACUGCAUGUGCUAAUAUGACACUCACUGACUGGAUGGUAGCUUGGAGGCUAUUGGCUGUAGCCCUUUCUACUCAGUAAGCUAGACAUGACAUCACACCAUGCUUAGGAAUUGUGCAUCAAUUUUGUCUCUUAUACUACCUGGGAUGAAGGUUAAUUUUGCCAUAACUCACCCCACCACCUCACUCUACAAGUUUCAGCCUGAGAGGGAAAGAGAAAACAGAAAAUUGACAAGGUGGUAAGUUCGCCCUUCCUUCUUGCUACGUCUCAUAUGUCAAGUUUCAUUUAUUUCAUGCCCUUCAAAAUUAAGUUUUUUUCUUUAAAAUUAAGAUAUGUGGCAGAUAUAGUUAUUCAGUUGGAUUGUUGUGAGUAUGAUUGUGUUGAAGUUGUUUAAUUCUUGGUACAAUAUUGUGGUGCUUUUUUACAAGGCUAGAUUAUUUAUUUUUCUGUUUUGAUUCAAGAACUUGAGUUGUUUCUUAAACAUGAUUUUUGUUUCAGCAUUGAAGCAUAUUUUUUUUAAUGACUUAAAUGUGCAACCCCCCAAUAAAAAUUUGGGAACAGAAAGACCAAAAUUAUAUUUGAUGUUACCGUUUUUUACAAACUGGUUUAUGUUUUGCAUUGAAUUUUUUUUUUCUUUGGUAGGUGUUAGUUAAGAAAACAAACAAACUAUUUUUGGAAAUAGUGACCAAAACUAGAUUUGGUGCAAAUCUUAUGCUAUGCAGUACUUUGGAAACUGCCAUGACAUGAGACAAUUAAUUAAAUUUUCUUUUAUUAACUAAAGUACUUGAUGAUCAUCGUGCACAUUGCUAUGGAGAAUAUAGUUCUAGGACAUGAUACAGUAUUUGUUAAAUGAACUUGUGAAGGGAACUAGUGGGAUUGAGCAUAAGUGAAAUAUCAGACAUGUUAUUCCUGAGAAUUCCCACCUUAAGGCAUGUAGUCAGUAAGAGGUUCAGAGAGCUAAAUGCAGUAACUGGAGAUAGAUAGCUUCAAUUUGUAAAGUUAUCACCUAAUAGGACUGUCAGAGAUUAUGCAGAUGUUUUGUUAGGUGCGAGGAGAGUACGUGUUGGGGUACUGUACGUCUUAUUUACAUGAAGGAAACAGAACAGGCUCGAGAGAUUUUAUUUCAUAGGAGUGUGGAUAUUUUUGUGUUAUUACUUCUAUUCCCCGGGAGAGGCAGCGACGAGUGUAACGCCCGUAUUAUUAAACAACAUCUUCCCUUGAAGAGCGUCCUCGUGUCGAAAACCGUAUUUUUAAAUUCAGCGCACGAAAGUGUGUGGUGGCGGGAAAAUGAACUAAUAUUACUGAAAUUUGAAGAGGUAGCUAGUAGCUGUUUUUUGUCACCCUCUUCAUAUUUGUUUUGUUAGUUUUAUUUAAUAUUUACAAUCAAUAUGAUUAAUGUACAAAGAAACGCAUACCCGGUAUUGAUAAUUUUAUAAAUCUAUUUACUGUAUUUAAUUUUUUACAUUAUUGUUUUUACGGCCAUAUUAUGACAUUUGUGAAAGCUGUGUUUCCUGUCAUAUUACGACAUUUGCUAAAGCUGUGCUUCCUGUCAGGUACUAAUCAGGUAAACACAUUUAAGGUUAUUUAUUAAACUUUUUAGCAGUUUUAUAUGUGAGUUUCUGUCUGGAAAAUAUAAACUGGCAACUUUCUUGCCUAGAAAUAUUAAAAUGGAUAGAGGCAAAUUUCACUGAGAGAAAAUCUUCACCAAACUUUUUGUGGCUUAUAUUAAUAAAGUAAAUUCAUUUAAGUUACUUGUUGCAACUUUUUAGCAGUUUUUUAAGUGAGUUUCUGUAUGGGAGCCAAAUAAGUAGCCUCUACCUCCUAUUAACUGAAUUAAGUAUGUUGUUUCGGAGAUUGUAGUCAUCUGCACCCUCUUUAAUGUAACCCACUUCGCAACAAAAUGCAAUUUUUUCACUUAUACUUUAUUUUCAUGCGCUCCCAAAUCUUCUUUAAUUGUUCUUCUGAUCUCCGAGGCCCAUAUCCCUCAGCAUUGAAACAUGUUGCUAUUCGCAACCAUGCUUACUUCUUUAAAGCAACAAGCUUUCCAUAAGUAUCUUUUCCUCCCCAAUCAGAUGGACGAAUAAAUCACGUGCUCUCUGGGAUAUAGGACUUGCCCUUGAAGAUUGGGAGAUAAAAAAUGUUCAUGAUGAGAGUGCAGUACUCUUAAUUUUAGCGGCGACGAAGGUAAACAAACACACACGAGUAAGAUGAUCCAUAAUGCAUCAGCAAAAAGAUGACACAUAAUGCAUCAGCGAAGUGGAUAGUAUUACCAGACCUACCCUACUUGGUCCCACACGAAGGGGAAGAGGUUCGAGCAAUUAAAAAUACCGCUUGAAAGAACAAUCCCUUCAAGCAGACUAUUCAUCAGAGAGGGAAGAUGUUUAAUAAUACGGGCGUAAGCGUUUGUGCUUGAAGUAUUAAAAUUUAUUAGUUGAGUGUGCCAUUUUACUGUAAUGUAUUUAAGUCUUGGAUAAACAUACUGGUUGGUGUAAGUAGAGAUCAUUGUUUUUAACUGAAUGAGUAUUUUCAGUAGUAUAAAUUUUUAGUAGAGAAGCCCAGCAAUCAUUUGAACUUGUGAUGAAUUAGUUCACUAUUCUUAGAGUGUUUUGAAUAACAGUGCUGGUGGUUAAGUUAAAAAUAUGUAAAUACUAAACAUAAAGGCCAAGUUAACACUAUUAACUUGUUGGGUAUACGGUAGUUAACUGCUGAUCCAUGUGCAGUAGCCAUGAUGAAAAAAAUUUCUCUUUGUCACUGCAUUUAAUUAUGUAAAUUUCAGACAUUUUGAUAAAAUUGAAUCACUAAUAAUCUUUUCCUGCUUUAAUAGGUAAGGUUUGUUAUAGAUUUAGUUCAACCUCUACCUUAUGGUUACAUUUUUCUGCUAAUUUUAUUACAAAAGAUUUGAUAAUGUUUAAGAUUUUAAAUACAUCUUAAAUAAGGUUAUGAUACUUACAGCAAGAUUAGUGGUAUGGGCCGUACUUGAUGAUAUUUCCUGGUACGAAUUAAACAAGUAAAGAGAGGAACUUGGACUCUGCAAAACAGUAUAAUUAUGCCCCUUCCAUAGUAUGAGGGGAUAUUAUAUUGUAGGAUGUGUGUUGUACACCUUAUAUCCAGCAGUGCUCCUAAUUCUAGUAAUAAUUUGAUUACUCUAUAGAUUUCACUGUGGUUGUGGUUAUGAAGAUUACUGUGUAUUUCCUGUUUCACUAAAUUUGUGGAUUAAAGUCGUAUCUUAUUCGGGAUGCAGUCUGGCCGCUUUGGAGGGAGGUGGUUUAAGAGGUCCGUUUAUAAGUGGGCGAAAUGUUUGUGCAGGGGUUUACCUCCAUCUUUACAUGGUAUGGAGUCAUCAUGGUGUUGAAGGUAGCACAUUAAAUUCCCAACAACAGAGCUUUUUUGUGUGUGUGGGGGAGAGGGUGUUGUAGUCUUGAACUCACAACACAGAGCCUGAGAUUAGUUUUCAAUCUUAGCCGAACUGGUUCUCUUACCCCCUCUGGUAUUGUCAGACAGAUACUAAAGUGGUCUAGGGCUGUUCAAAAGUUCAAUCUGUAUAUGAAACACUGCAGUUCUUUUUAGAAGGAUUCUGGAUUUCAUUAGGUGCUAUUGUAGAGAUUAAGCCAGCUAGUCAUUGCUAUUGACAGAAAAAAAUGCCUUAUAAUCCAAAUUGAGUCACAUUGCAUAAAAUCUACUUUAUGGGGUUAUCAUGUGAUUAUGUAGCAAAACAUCCUGCAGCUUUUGAUACCUACAGUACAUCAUAUACAAAACUUGUCAUAUUGUUUCUUAGAUUAUUGUAUUGGGCAUAUAGUUACCUUAUCUCUACCCUCCCAUUCUGGUCUCUUGGUACUAAAGUAUUGCUCUCUCUCUCGUAUAUACACACACAAUGCCGCAACAUUCCUCUUUGGCACUGAUUUUGAUUCAGCUUUGUUUCAUGGAGUACUUUAAAUUCCAUUGCUGAAAUAUUAGUCCUCAAAAAAAAUUUCAGACUAUACAGUAAGUAGCCAGUUGUUGACUAUGACUUGACUAUAAAUUAAUUUUUGCUUCCUAUAAUUAUGUGCUGACCCAUGUAGGUGUGGAAAAUGUUGCUGAUGAUAGUUGUCAUUUAUGGAUUACCCUACUGUUUAAAUGUUCUGCAGUUUUACCAUAUCUGAUUGAAACAUUUACCUAUUGGGGUGUCUAAAAAAAAUUUAUACACUGCCAUAUGAACGACUGCUUUCUUACAACAGCAACAUUGCCCUUAUUUUUUUUAUAUGUGAGGUCUGCCACAAGUUAGAACAAUAUUGCUGUUGUAAUGCAAUCAUAUCUGUUAGGCAGUAUGUGUACCUUUAUUUGAGACACCACGGAUAUGAUCUGUCUAUUUUGGAAUUUUGUUAUUUAGUUGACUAGUUAUACUGUAAAGGAUGGUUUUAGCAGUGUAUGUUGAGGCUGGAUUUAAGACCUAUGUGUUUGUCUUUGUAUCUUUCAGUAGUUAAGAAGUGAAACUGUUGAAGAUAGUGUAGUACUUCACUGUUAUUGAUUAUAUUUCUCUUGGGUAGAAAAUAGUCAUAGAGACGGAAUUUAGUUUUAGCUUUUCUUUUCUCUAUAAUAUACAGUGGGACCAGUUGUGGACAUAAGCAGCAUUAGAACACAUGAAGAUUGGGCAGCCACACUUACAUAACUUUAUGAUUAAAUACCCUAAUGCUAACCCAACCCAGACCCCUCUCCAAGUAGCGUUAGGGUGUUUAAUCAUAAGGUAAAAUACUGUAAUUUGUGGUACCUAAAUUUCUUGUGAUGGGAUAUUGUUACUCUUGUACCCAAUAAGGUAAGAAGAUGCAACAAUUUCUGCCCAGGCCAAAAGUUUAUAUCCUUGUAGUGUUGGACUGAAGAGGCUAAUAUGUAACUUACCCACAGUCAUUAGGAAGCAUUGGUGUGCUAAUUGUGCUCUGUAAGUGAAGUAAGCAAUGAGCAUUAAAAACCUUCAUUGGACAGUAUGUGCCCAUACAAGAAAGUUGUAAGGUUGAUUUGUCAUUUACUAAAGAAUAAUAGGAAAGUUUUGUCACUUCUUUACCAAUAAUUAUUUCAUACCAGAUAUUAAUAAGUAUUGAAGGUUCUUUGUGUCAGUUGGCUUCUGUACUUGACAAACCUUGCAUUUUAUCCUAACCCUGUAUGUUGAAAGGUAAGCACAGUAUACUUUAUUUGAAGGCCAGAUAUCCUCAUUAACCUCUUGAAAAUUAAUCCUGGAUUUGUCAUGAGAUACAGGAUAUCACUACAGUACGUAUCUCUAAAUUUUAUAUCUUGAAGUAAAUAAUUAGUGUAGUGUAGUGUAGUGAGGUAUAGAUAGACCUGCAGUUAAAGUUUACUUGGCUAACCUGCAACUGUUGCCUUAAUGUAGCCUUCCGGUCAGAUUCUUAGACAUCCCCCGAGUUCCUGUGAUAUGUUCCACCCAGUCGGCACACCAACCCAUACCACCAUGUUUUAGUAAAUUGGGUGUAUUACUGAGUGGUGCUCCUCUCGGCUGAUGUCUAAGGAUAGGGCUUUUGUUGGAUUAAGGAAAAAAUAUUUGAUAAAUAUUUAUUCUUUAAAACCUAGGUAAAAAAUAUAUGAAAGAUACCACAGUUUCAAGAAAACUCAAGGAGUGGUUGUAUUUAAAAAUAAAUAAAUUUGAUGAUUUUUUUUUUUAUAGUACAGUACUCAUUGUGUGACUUCUCUUUACAUAUUCGGACAUAAAUAAUACUGUAGUGGUACAUUUAAAAAUUAGUCAAGACGGUUUAUUUGGUAUUGUUGUAUACAGAAUGGUUAGAAAUACUGUAAAUGAGAAUGGAACUGUAGUAUGAAAAAUUGCUGUAUAACACGUAAAUGCCUUUUUGAUAAUCAUAUACAUACUUGAGAGAUUUUCACUUGAAGUUUUUAAGGAAAUUAUCUUGUCGUCUCAUUGAAAACUCAGUAAAAAUUUUUCUUCACUAACACAUUAAACCACAUUUAGGAAAUUCACAUGGUCAGAUUUAACAAUAUGCCUUUAACACAAUGCCCACUUAUUGAUUACAUUUUUGUAACACUAUUUAGAAUAUAAAUGUUGCAGAGCUUAUACUUGUACUAAACUUGGGGUUGGUGUGUUAGCCAAGAAUGUGAAAUCAUCCGUCAGUUCUCCAGAUCUACAGUAGAUAGAUUAUACUGCACCAGCCUGUGCCCUCUAUCCCUUCAACAGUAUCUUGAAUAACUAAAGAAUUUAGUUUUAUUGUUAUUGGUUUACUGCAUUCUGUCAUUUUACAUAUCAUUUCUUGCAUAAUUCAAAAUAAUCCAUUUUAUUGAAAUCAAAAUAUCAGAUACAGUAUUAUGGUUUAAGGUUAAAUUCAUAGAAGUUUAAGUAGCAAGAGUACAGAAGGCAUAAUAUGAAGCUGAAAUUGAUCUUGGUGGCCAAAGCAAAAAUGAUGUGCUACAAAUAUAUUCUUUAUUUUAUGCCCCCCAAAAGGCAGAAAUUGGCCAGAGUGUAAUGUAACUCAACAAAUUGUCACACCAUAUUAUUUUUUUUUCCUACAAAUGAGUCACUUUCAACUGGUUACUUCAUAUGAGCAUCUGAGGUAUUGUGGAGGAUGGUGGUACAGUUGUUUGUGGAUCAAAAUUUGCUUUCAAAUGUUUUGUGUAUGACAUUGCCCAGGAACUGUGCUGAUGAUUAUAUUUGAUGAACCUUUGGUGUAUACAGUAUCUUACUGUUGCAUGAUGUUGGUAACAACUAAACAUCCCUGCUGUACUUUGUGUAGGUAAUUCUUUAACUUCUAUUUUCUGUGACUUACCCUCUAGGAUUAAUACAUAACAUAUGCACUAACUUAAUGUGGACCAAGAUUCUUGUGUGUCUCAAGAUUUUUGAUAUUGGAUCAAGGAUCUCGUUGUGGACGUAGAAUCCCUCUCGAGUGCAAAGAUCCUGACGGUAGCCAACAAACUGGCACUGAUCAAGGUCCUUGUGCUUACCAUUCAGCUAUUGUACAUUACGAUGAAACACACCUCAGCUUGCCAACCAAAGCAGCUGUACUCACCUGUGCAGAAAGUGAAAAAGGACACUUUUAUGCAUAGCACUAUUGUGAAUAAAAUAUUGGGUCAUAUACCCUUAUCUGCUUUCAUACUUCAAAAAUUUGUAUGAUCAUAAUUCAGUACAGUAAUAUGUUUUGGUCAUACCCUUAUCUGCUUUGGUACUUCAAAAUCAACAUAGGAAUGCCAUCUUUUUAUUAAUAUUAAUAUUAUUGUGAGAUUAUGUAAGGUAAACAGUGUAUCAUUUUCUCUUAUUUGAUAGCACAAAAUGAGAGUGCCAUAAUUAAUUAAUUGCUAAGACUCUGAAAAAAUUUCUUUUACCUUUUUAAUAUAAUUAUUUUUCAUUAAAAGUAUGUUACAUAGACCUGAGGUAAUUUAUGUAAUUAUACAAUAAAGCUAAAAACUUA